AUGAGCUCAUCGGAAGAAUUCGAGAUGGAGGAGGUCCAAGUGCCUCAACCGGCUCAGAAUAUGCCGGCCGAGGAGAUAGAUCCCGAUAGAACAGCCAGCACUUUGGAAUCUCUCAACCACCAAAAUACCGCCGACGACGACGACGACGACCAAGAUGAGUGGGAGGAGGUUGACGCUUCCGUGCAGCCUACGACAUCCCAGCAGCCACAGCCAGGUCUUCAAAUCACUCUUGAUAACGCUGCUGUAAAGCGUCCCGAGAAGAAGGAUUCCAAACCCAGGAAAGCUGGCCCUUCUCCCGAAGAGCGCGCCGCUAGAUUGGCUUCCCAUAAGAUUCACGUUAUCGCUUUAGUUGCAAACGCUAAACACCGAAAUAAGCUGCUGAACGAUGAGCUAUUACAUGCUCGGAUGUUGUCUCUCGUGCCGAUGCACUGUCAGCUCGCCUUCUCAUCACUCACCCCUUCGAACGUGCCUGACCCAAUCGAAAGGAGCCGGCUGUUCGACAAGGCGUUGAAGAGACUGCUGGAUUGGUGGAGGAGCAGCUUCGACAUUGACUACAAUCUCAAAACCCUCCUCACCACUCCCUACGCCCAAACCAACGACGAGCUAAAUAAAAAGCGCAAGGCGAAGGGUACUGUGGAUGAUAAUGAUCAGUACGAGGUUAUUAGAUCAGAAAAAAGUCUCCAGAAACGUGCUCUGCAGAUGAAGGGUAGUAGGGACAUGUCAGCUCAGCUCUUCACUGCUCUCUGUCGAGCACUUAACGUUCCAGCACGUCUCGUUACAUCCCUCCAAGCAGUUCCAUACCGCGUGCAAUCCCAGCCAACCAAUACCGUCGUUUCGCUUGACUCAGACGACUCAGACACCCAGCCACCGACGGAGAGAUUCAUGACGUGGAAAGAGCGCCAACGGAGCGGCUUUAAAGGCGACGACGAGGCUUUUAUCCGCGGCGAGGCUGUCUCAGCGGACCGCGCACCACCCCAGGUGAAAUUGAGCAGUCAUCGACGUCGCAAGCCGAAGAAAGGGAGCAAGCAAGAUGAAUUCGAUGUGCAAUCCCCGCCUAUUUUCUGGACUGAGGUUUUUUCUAGACCGGACGGACGCUGGAUCGUAGUGGACCCCAUCCGCAGCCUGAUCCGCACUAAGGCGCGCAACAUGAUGGAUCCGCAGAGCGCAUACAAGUACAACAAGAUGACGUAUGUAGUGGCAUUCGAAGAGGAUGGCUAUGGGAAAGAUGUCACACCGCGCUAUGCGAAACAGUACGGCACGCGCACAGUCAAGCAACGUCCACCCUCUACAAAAAGCAAGAACGGAGACUGGUGGGAGAGCGUUGCAGCUACAUUCCAGCGUCCGUACCGACUCGCUCGCGAUGAUGUGGAAGACGCCGAGCUGCACCAAGCCCAAUUCAGCGAACCAAUGCCACAGUCGAUGCAAGGUUUCAAAGACCACCCCGUGUAUGUCCUUGAACGCCACCUGAAGCGCGAGGAGGUAGUCAAUCCGCCGCGCGAAGUCGGUCGGUUCAAAGGUGAGGUGGUGUAUCCGCGCGCGAAUGUACAGCUGUUAAAAACUUCGGAGAAUUGGCUGCGCCAAGGCCGUAUAGUUGUCGAGGGUGCGCAGCCGCUGAAGCGCGUCAAGCAGCGUGCCGUGACUAUUGGACGGCGGAGAGUGCAAGAGGCAGCUGCUCAGGCGGGUGAGGAGGAGAUAAUGCAGGGUCUUUACUCCCGUCCACAGACAGAACUGUAUAGGGCACCGCCUGUCGUGGGUGGAAAGGUACCCAAGAAUAAAUUCGGCAAUAUAGACCUCUACACACCAACAAUGCUACCCGAGGGCGCCGCUCAUCUGCCGCAGAAGGGCGUGGGGAAAAUCGCGAAGAAGCUGGGCGUGGACUAUGGCGAGGCUGUGACGGGAUUCGAGUUCCGUCAACGCAGAGCUAAUCCUGUUAUAAGCGGUAUCGUCAUCGACGCGACAUAUAAAGAAACGGUUAUGGAUGCUUUCGAAGAGUGGCAGUCGCAGCAGGCCGAGAAGGAGCAUGAGAAAAUGGUCAGAGAUGUGUACAAGCAGUGGCAGAAAGUGGUACAGGGGUUGCGCAUCAGAGAACGUCUCAAGGAAUAUAGAGGGAAUGAUCAACAGCCACACGAAGAGGUUGCUGGGGGCGCUGUUAAUCCAGGUACAGAUGCGACAUCUCAUCAAAAUGCACUACCCGCAAAUGAGCUGCAGGGUGAAAUCAAAAAGUAUCAGCCUGGUACACACGAACAAUCUCUUGACACUAUCACUAAGGCGCAAAGAGCGUUACCAAGGCGCAACAGGCUGUUCGAAGGGCGAGAGGCAGACUCAGAGGCAGACGCAACCGAUGAAGGUGGCAUUGAUCAGGAUAUGGAGGAGGUUGGAGUGGACAAUGCAAAUAAGAACAAAGACACCUUAGAAAUAGACGUGCCAGCUAAGGUUGGCCAUCCUGUCGCUCUCGAUGUCUUGAUCGAACAGCAGGAGCAAGAGAAAUCUGCAAGUGCGCAGAAAGUGGCUCAUGAUGCUGAUACCACACACGUGCCUGAGAGUCGUCUGCGGAUGCGUCCCAGUCGUCCUAAACGAGCGAGACACUCAUCGUCGGAGAAUACAUCGAGUAGCAGACGCAUCACGCGUUCGAGAGUAUCGCACAAUAGCACAAGAGAAGAUAGGAAGAGGAAUGACGAGGCUGUAAGAGUUGCGCUGGAUAUAUCUGACGAGAAAGAGGAUGAUGCGUCUGAUGAUGUGUCUGAUGAUGAGGUUGCUCCUAUUGAAAUAUCAAGUGACGAAGAAUAA